AUGGAGGUGAUGAAAGUGGCGGAGACGAAGGCGGUGGUGGGGACGAACUCGGUACUUAGUGGUGGAGGAGAAGAAGGCGGCGGACGCAGUGGUGGCGGUGGUAUUAGAGGCGGACGCGGUGGUGGUAGAGGCGGACGCGGACGCGGUGGUGGCGGAAACCAAGGCAGUGGUGGCGGUCCCGGUGGUGUAAAACGCAAACGCAAACGCGAGGAUGAAAAUGAAGAUGUUGAAUCACAUCGUGGUAUGGGUGCAACGUCCGAUCAAGGUAGCGAUUGGAGAAACGGCAGCCACGUUACGCCUGAUGCCUGUCCACGAGAAGGUAGAGCCCGGCCAACAUCACACCUUUCAGAGUUUGGAUCCAAAUGUCAAGCGUCCGCUAGGCACUAUGAGAAUAUCACUUGGUACCCAGGGAGGGCGAUUGUCGACAGGAGAAAACAAGCCUACUUUGAUGCCCAUCCGCAGAUUAGGGCUCGCAGUGGUCAACUUUUACCAGCUGACUAUAACUCCUCCUCCGAUGAGAAUUUGGUGUAA